GUAGUCCGCGAAUCCAAAAGUUCGUUUUCAAAGAACCCAUUCAAACAAUCGAUUCAGCGAUUCCUUUGUGUCAUAUAUCCGCUCGGAUCCAUUUAGACCGAUUCCUACGAUUCGCUCAGAGCGGUGUUGUGAAUAAAUUCAUUGUAAAGAUCCGGCUCAAAAGAAUGAUUCAUUCAGGAGUCGGACAUCGGUUUCGACAACAUGGAUAUUAAUGCUGUGUUUAGGAGAUGUAAAAUUGAGGUUAUAUUUGUGACGUAAAGUCAGGUAAUGUCAACUAAUGUUGGCGCCAGUGCGAAGUUUAUGUGUUUAUAUGUUCCGUCGUUUGACUGUAAGAAUGAACUCUCCAUAUUUCACCGAUUCAACAGCUGUAUUAGACACUUCUGCACGUGAGACUAUGGGGAAAAGUGCUGUAAAUAAAGGAGGAAUCCGCAGAUUGAGAUCCAGAAUGGCUCAAGGGCUCAAAUCAGAAGAUGAUCCUCCAAAAGUGAAAGCAGAACUUCACGAGCAGAGUAUUUCAGAUGCUCCACUGCAGACACAUGCACAGACUCCUGCAGAGACUGUGUCAAGUUGCAAAAACACAACAACAAAAGGGAAGAAAGAAGCAGUGGAUGAUCAAGCCCCUCUGACAUCACCUAGGAAAUCAAGGCGGGGCCGUUUGAAGGUGGAGUAUGAGGAUGAAGGGGUGGAGCUAAAGAGGGAGCGCUGGGAGCCGUGCGAUUGGAGAACACAGCUGUCGUUUAUCAGGGAGAUGAGAAGCAAACAGGACGCUCCUGUGGACCAAAUGGGAGCAGGAAAAUGCUAUGAUGCAGAGGCCCCGCCUGAGGUGCGUCGUUACCAGGUGCUGAUCUCCUUAAUGUUGUCCAGUCAAACGAAAGACCAUGUGACGGCUGGUGCUAUGCAGAGAUUACGUGAGCAUGACCUCAGCGUGGACACUGUACUCAACAUGGACGAGGAGACUCUGGGCAAACUCAUCUACCCAGUGGGCUUCUGGAGGACAAAGGUGAAGUACAUCAAACAGGCCACGGCUCUGAUCCAGCAGGAGUUUGGCGGAGACAUUCCUGACACAGUGGAGGGUCUGAUACGUCUGCCGGGCGUCGGCCCUAAGAUGGCACAUCUGGCCAUGGACAUCGCCUGGAACCAGGUUUCCGGCAUCGGCGUGGACACCCACGUCCACCGAAUCUCAAACAGACUCGGAUGGACCAGGAAAGAGACCAAAACACCAGAGGAGACACGGAGAGAUCUGGAGGAGUGGUUACCACGAGACCUGUGGAGUGAGAUCAACUGGUUGCUGGUUGGUUUUGGGCAGCAGGUGUGUUUACCUGUUGGACCGCUGUGCUCCAUGUGUCUGAAUCAGCACACCUGUCCCUCCGCACACCGAUCCUCUCCCAGCAAGAAGCUCAAAUCCAGUCUAGCAUCUCCAACACCACAGGUUAAAGAAGAGCCGGCGGACGCAUCCCGGUCCAGGUGCCCCUCUCAGAGCAGGAAGCACACAGCCCAACAGGAAGUGUCAGGAAAUGAGAGACAAGAAAAGCCAACACCAAACCAUGCUCCAUCCCUCCUCAGGCAGAGGAACAGAAGGAACAGGAAAGAAGGAGCGCCACCAUCAGGACAGACCUCUGUUUUCACACCAGACAGCUGAGUCUUGGAUUCAGUUUGAACUAACGACUGUGUAAAUGCACAACGAUUAUCACAUCACAUUGGUAACGUUUAUUAUCAAAUAAAUUGUAACUAAAUGAAAAAAAGUGCUUUAUAAUAGUUUUAGAUUAAAGGACAUUGUUAGAACAAGACCGUAACCUUGUGUUGAACAUUGGGGGGACCAAAGAAGGGGCAAACUUACCAUUCAAAAUGCGAAAUUUCAUUAAAAAAAUUGAGUAGUUCACAUCACUGUAUAUUACUGUAAGUCUUUGAACAUAUCGAUCAUAAAACAGUUGUCAAAUAUUUAAUGUUUAGCUGCUUACGUCUUACCACGCACUCUUUCAUUGUAAAAUCUAACGCGUCGCGCUGGAAUUCGCACUAGUAUUCAGUGAUCAGUAAGCCCCGCCUUCUUUGAUCUGAUUGGCCAUCAUCUUGACAUUGACGAACACUUGUUAGACUGCUGAGGCAGACCAGACUAAAAAUGUAACUUUUUAAACUGUUUGUCAUCCUAACAACAUACAGCGGUGCGUAAUGGAGUGCAGCAGAGCAGAAUUAAAGGUCUUUGCACACUGAGUCCGAAAUUCGCGUCCCAAAUUUUCGCACGGUAAAAAAUAGAUACGACCUCACGUUGUGUCAAACACGUUUACACAACUGCCUCCGAAACUUUCGUCCGUCAUAAAAAAAUUUGGAUCAGGUUCGAUUUUCUGCAUUUUUCGCAUCCGUGGCACGCAUUUUGAGAGACGUUUUGACACUUCAGAGCCACCGUACAAGCGAACGCCAAAAUCCCCAAUGCCAUCUGAGGCCCUGUCCCAAAUGGCACCCUAAACCCUCACGGUCUUCCUCUGAGUCCGCACAUUCACAACGUAAUGCCGCAUUGACUGCCGUGUAAAGUCCUCUGUGUAGCUCACAGUCUUGCGGGCUCAGCAGAAGCGCGCAUCGAGGGCGCAUAGCAGCUGCAAAGGGGGCGCUCACGAGCACCCUUCUUUAAGCUUAAAUGACGAAUAGGACACUCUACGGUCUUGUCUUAACGGACACACGCACGCAGCGGCCAUUGUAAGUCCAAAAGACCGAAAGUGCACAUGAAGUGUGCCAUUUGGGACAGGGCCUGACAAGUUGAUCCACGUCGUCUACAGCACAAUGCAGUGGCACUGUAUGACAAACAAAUUGCGGAAUACAAAAUAUAAAGACAGAUUGCUCCAGUAUCGCUAGCAAAGCAUCAAACUGAGCCACUGACAUCCUGAAGUAAACUUUGAAACGCUCGGGAUAAUCACGCAGCUCCUUGAUGAGGCGGAACUCUCAUUCCUCUCUAUGCAAUCUCAGGAUUUGAUGGACCCAAUAUUUCCUCUUUCUUUUUCUCUUUUUAAGAAGAGACUAAAUCAUGCUCACUGCUUGAAGACUCCAUUUUGUAUUGUUUUGCGAAUUUUUUCGCAACGGAUUCAUUAUCGGACUCAGUGUGCAAUGCCUCUGUGCGUGACAAAUUUUUCGGAUCACGAAUACGAAAAAACGCAUAUGAAAAUUUCGGACUCGGUGUGCAAAUUCUUUAAGAAUAUCAAAUUUUGGAGGGAUAUGCAAAUUGCAAAUAUGCAAAUUGACAGUAUAUGUAUAAUACCUGUCAAAAGUUCGGAACAUGAUUUGUUAAUGUUUUUGAAAAGUUUCUUCUGCUCACCAAGGCUGCAUUUAUUUGAUCAAAAAUACAGUAAAAACAGUAAUAUUGUGAAAUAUUAAUACUAUUUUAAAUGACGGUUUUCUGUUAAAAUAUUGUAAAAUGUAAUUUAUUCCUGUGAUCAAAGCUGAAUUUUCAGCAUCAUUACUCCAGUCUUCAGUGUCACAUGAUCCUUCAGAAAUCAUUCUAAUAUGAUGAUCAAGAAACAUUUUUGAAUAUUAUCAAUGUUGGAAACAGUUGUGCUGCUUCAUAUUUUUUUCAGGAUUCUUUGAUGAAUAGAAAGUACAAAAGAACAACGUUUAUUUGAAAUAGAAAUAUUUUGUUACACAUAAUUCUUUUUUUACUGUACGUUUUUGGUCAAUUUAAUGCACCCUUGAUGAAUAAAAGUAUUAAUUUACUUUUUUUAAUCUUA